CGACGAGCAGAAAAGCAGCAGGAAGGUAAGAGAGCCCUGAAACAGCCCUGAAACAGCCGUGCAGGUCUGACUGUUGAUGCUGGCUGCGGAGGAGAGACAUGGGUGAGGCUCAGUCAAGGUCAGUGAUGCUCCACCAUCAGGACCUGAAUUCCGCCUACGGAGGCUCCUCCUCCUCGCUCUCCAACAGGGUGUGUGACAAAGACAGCAACUUCAACUUCCUACCAGGCAAAGAUGAUGAAGGCUUCACAGGCAAUGGAGGAGGAGGAGGAGGAGACGAGAACCGGAACCGGGUGCGGCCCCGUAACCUGACAUUGGGGCAUGACCUCCAAAGUUCCUCCACGUCUCCGUCAGGCUUUCACAACCCGGGGCUCAUCUCGCCGCUCUCCCGCCGGCCCUGCUGGAGCCCCCUGGAGCCCCUCCCUGAAAUCGAAAGCGGGGACGACGGCUACGGCCGGGUGCCCCCCGAUGGGGCGGAGGAGAGGAGGAUGGAGGAGGAAGUGGGGAAGCUGAUGAUGAGGGAUGAAAACAGAGAGCUGCAGAAGAAGAUGGAGGCGGACGAGGAGCUGGAGGACGAGUGGAGCGACAGCGACUCUGAGUCCCAGUACAGCGAGCGCUCGGGGGGGAGCAUGUCCUCCCUGAACAUAGAGGGCGGAGCAGACGCCAUGCUCAUGGGGGGCUGGGAUCGCAUCGGGGUUGGGGAGCCCAAAUCCAACCCGCAGGAAGGUGAGCCCACCGGGCCCACCAGGGCCACCAGACGGAGGAGCUCCGCUCACAAGCACCUGCCCGGGGGCACCCUGGCGGACCUGCGGGAGGAGGGGGACCUCCAGUCCUCCGACUCCGACGGCGAGCUGCCGGAGCUGACGGACGCCGUGUGGACGCUGCAGGACCGCGAGCGCUUCAAGGCCCAGGAGAUGGAGAAGCACCAGGUGCAGCUGACCAUGUACCGGCGCCUGGCGCUGAUCCGCUGGGUCCGCACGCUGCAGGCCCGCGUGCAGGAGCAGCAGAACCGCCUGCAGUCCAGCUUCGACGUCAUCCUGACCCACAGGAAGGAGCUGCUGAGGGUGGGAGCCGCCUCUGUGGCGAGCCACGCCCCCGCCGCCGCCGUGGGGCAGUCGUAAGCGAGGGCUUAGAGACCUUGUCCUGUUCGUAGCCCACAGGCUCCCCUUGCUUGCCCCCACCUGUCACCUCAGGCCGGAUGCAGCCUCCCUGGAAACUGGACUGAACCUGCAGCAUCACGCAUCCGCCAAACCACGACGAGCACUUUAAUGUCCCGUUCUGUCAGAGUAGUUUUGCAUUUGUUUGUCCUGACGUGUGUGUAGAGAACUGAACCGUUGAAAAUAUCUAAGAUUUCAAAAAUAUGAUAAAAUUAUUUGUCGCCUGAGAUGCCGGAGAAGAUAAAUUAAAGAAUAU